GUGAUCUGUGAUAAUAUAACCGCGUCCAUAUUGUUUAAAACAAAUUUGGUAAACAAACACAAAACAAUAUUAUAAGUAAUUGACAUUUUCAUUUUUCGCAGAUAUAUAAUAUUAUCUAAGGAUUUUGUGUAAGUACCAUGCAUUUUAUUACUGAUUCCUGUCUUGGAUUUUGAUUUUUUUUCUUAUUAAUGUUGAUUUAAGGUAUUUGUAAAUUCUACUACUAUCGACUCUCGACGACCAGGUCAAUUAUGGCCACGGUAAUAGCCAUCGACCUGUCAGUGUCUAUGUUUAAAAAAAUCAAAAUCCCAGAGACCAAAGAAACCUAUACUUUAUCGCAGUUAGCUGAACACGGAGUUAAUACAUUGUUGGACUAUUUGGCCGUCCAUUCUAAACUCGAAUUUGUUGCAGUCGUGAGUAUUGUACAAUAAUAUACUUGACUCGAAGCAAAAACGUUCUUUGUUCAUCCAAAACAUUAUCUACCUUCCUGAGCAAGUACUGUUUUCCCUCCAUUGUUGUAAUUGUAUCAUAAUACUUGACACUACAAUAUAAGUAGAAUAAUAUUAUUAUCAUGUACCUACCUAAAAUACAAUUUUGUACAAGAAGAAAGAAAAAUAUAAAACUUGGCAAAUUAGCAUAAAAACAAAUGUUUAUUUGGUUAACAUUUGAUUGAAUUUGGUAAUCAUACCUCGUUCUAAUCUGUCAAAAUAAAUUUAAACAAAAGGCUGUCUUCUCCUUUAAAUUUGUAUAAUAAUAAAAUUGUACACCGGUUUAUAAAGUUUAUUUCCAACAGGUUACAUUUUCACAUACAUGUGAUAUACUGUGUUCAUUUACUCGCGAUUAUGAAUCUAUCAAAAAUAAAAUCAUGCAUUUAGAUUUCCGAACAGAUACACGCUAUGCCCCUGUAAUACAAACUAUUAAUUAUUUAGUUCAUAGCGAGUGGUCCAACUCAGUAACAUGUCAAGUAAGUAACAUAAUAUAAAACACUGUAUUUAAACUAAUAUCGAUAAAUAAAUAAAUAAUUUAUUUGUCUAGGUGAUUAUGAUUACUGAUGGAAACUGUUAUCGAGGUCUUCGACAACCAGAUAUAACACCAUUUCUAUUUCCUGGAAAACUAAUAGUCGUCCCUUUGGAUGAAGUAUCCACAAUUUAUAAAAAUACCUAUAACUCAAACAAACUUCCAAAUGGCAUGGGGUAUAUAACUUGUCCUGAAUUACCUCUAACUCCAUCUAAAGUUGCUAAAGUGUUUGAAAAAAUUGCUAAAGAAACAUAUGUUCCAUACAGUGCAAUUUUACGAUGCGGUCAUUUAAAAUCUGAUGUUCACCUGACUCCUCCUCCAAUGGUAUUAUUAAUAAAUUUGUUAAAUUAAACACUUUAAUAUAUAGGUAAAUAAUGUUUUUUUUUUUUUUUAAUUUUAGUCUUACACAAAAGCAGCAGAUUUUGAGAUAAUAACAUGUUGCAUUUCUAAUGAAUUGAAUAUAAUUGGAUUUUUAGAGUCUUCAAAAGUUGAAUGCCCUGCUACUUUAUCCCGUCAUCUUGUUUUACCCCAGAGAUUUUCAGAUGAAUGUACAGAAAGUAAUGAAGCGUCUUCAAAAAUUCCAUCAUUUUGCGUAUUAUUACAUGGCGCUUUAAAAGUAAAUAAUUUUGUUUUAAUGAUUUAUUUACUUUAAACAAAAAAUAAUAAAAUCAUAUUUAUUCAAUUUUUUUAGGUUGAAAACAUGAUGGCUCUUUGUCAGUUAAGUUCUAAUUGGUUUGGAUUAUUAGUUAGUUGGGCAGAUAAUAAAAAAAAAUCCAACUUAAUGUUAAUUGUACUCGAACCUGGUACAAAUCCAAUUCCUUGGUUGGGAGACAUUCGAAAUCUUACAUUAACGUCAACAGAAAAUAAGACAGGUUAAAUGUCUAAAAUAAUAAUUUGAUUAUUUAUUAUUUAAAUUUAAUUUUAUUAAAUUUUUACAGAAAACGAUGAUCCUCAGCCAAUAAAAUUAUCCGAUAAGCGUAGUUACAAUCAGUCACAAUUGGUAUGGAUUAAAGAAGCUGGUCUUCAGGCGGAUAUUCAAAAAAUUUUGAGGCAAGCCAGAAAAAUGCCAGAUAAGAUUCCGAGCUUUUAUAAGGUAGUUGCCAAUAAAAUGAUCAAUUUAAUUUUAAUAAAGUAAAAAUAAAUAAUGAGGCUAUUCUUAGUUUAUGUUACUAUGAGCAAUGAUAAAAAAAUUACAAAUAAAACAAGAUUCUAAAAUUUUAGAGGAGGUUAAAUGUUGGAAUUUAGGAAAAUGCUUCAUUUAAAGUACUACCAUUUGUAAAAUCUUUUUAUGAAUGUGUGAACAUGUUGAAGUAUUUUUUUUAUUUUUUUGUUAUUUUUUUUGACAAACGUAUUUAGAAAAAAAAAAACAUCCCAGUUAAACUAUAAGUUUCCUCCCUCCAAUUAAAAUCAGAAAUUAUAUGUAAAAAUGUAUAUACAAAUAAACAUACUAAAUAAAUAUUGAAUCAUUUAAAAUGAGAUUAUUAGUUAUAAAUUUAUUUUAAUUUGGUUUUAAAAUAAUUGUAUUUUGUUAAGGAAUUAAAUCGGAUCCGAAAAGCUGCAAUUGCUUACAGCUUCAAUGAUUUAUUAACCAGUAUAGCCGACCUAUUAGAAUUAGAAUGCAGCAAUUUACCAGGCGGUACUCAUCCAGAUUGUGCCCUACAAUUAUCUCAUGCUGCUAUUGAAUUGCGAAAACCUUACGCUAUGGAUCCUAAACUUACAAUCGUUCCUUUGGUAACAAAAUAUCCUCACCACGAACUUAUGUAAUAUUACAUAAAUGAAACAAAUGUGGUAUUUAAUUAUGAACUCAAUUAAUAAAUCAUAAUAUCUUGUAAACUAAAAUGAUUAGUAAGCAGGAAGAAUUAUUUUGUUGACAUUUAUGUAUCAGCACGCAUGAUUUUCUAACAAAAUAUAUUUAUUAUUAUUAAUAUAUGUAAGUAUGUAAUGAUAUAUUUAUAUAAUUUAUUUUUUUUAAAACUGAAUAUGGCAGACAAUAUCAAUAUAUUUAUAUUAUAAUAAA